CUUUGCUGAGUGCGGCACGCGCUGUUGAGCUGUCGGAGCUCGACAGAUCCAUUAGCGAACUCAUGUGUCACCCUGCCAUACCUACCCGACCAUCCACGCUCAUUCACCCCUAGCAACCGCCCACAUGCCGGGCAGACGCUACAUUGGCCUCAGCAGCCAACAGCGUGUCCCUCACCUCCUGAGUUCCUUCAGCAAAAAGCCCGUUGCGAAAGGUAUUAAGGACGUUGAUGUGGAUGCCCCUCCGUUGAGCAGCUCCGAUUCGAGCGACAACGAGGGACUACCGACCAGGGCGAACAUCCAGCCCACUCAGUUUUCCGAUUCUCGUCAGAGCAAGUCACCGCUCAAACGAGAUGUCAGGAACUCCGGGGCCAAUGGAAGCGGCAUAGCGCCAGGCGAACGCUUCAAGCGGACUAGGGCUUCAACACGUCGGGGCUCCGCGGGAGAGCUCGGCUCAAGCUUCCAACGCGUGGACAGGCAGCAGGAGGCGGAGGCUAUUGACAGCGAUGAUGCGACGAGUCCUCCGGUAUCGAAAAGACCUAAGAGGAGUCCCCCAGGCGAUGGAGAGUUGGACAACCACUUUAACUCGGAGUUCUUCACCAAGAGAGCGACUCCGAGCAGACGUUACGGCAAACAGCCGAAAACCGUUGGGGGCAAGCAGCCCAGGCGGGCGGCAUCACCAGCCAGAACUUUUGAACCCCCACCAGAGGAUUCGAUGUCAGACGCAGAGGAUGUAGACAGAUACAAGCUCAAGCUCCCAUCAUCACCGUCGGAGACCGGGUCAGAAACCCUGUCGCCAGCCCGCAAGUUCAAGCCGAUUCAGGAUCUCGGAUCUCCAGAACCGCCAUCUCCAACGCGGAAAAGGCGUUUGAAAAUGCCGAAUGACGAUGGUCCGCUGCUCUCUGGAAACUAUGACCCGGAAGAGUCCCAGCGACCGGUGUUCACAAUACCGGAUGAGAUUCCGGACUCGUUCGUUGGGGACGACGACGAGAAGCUCGUCCUCGCCCUUUCUCAAACAACUAAUGUCCCCAGCGCGUCGAACCUCAUCCGGGAUGGAUCCAUUUCGCCACUGACAGACGCCGACGAUGUCCCAGACCCGGUCCCAGUCUGCCCGCUCUGCAAGAGCGAGGUCUCCCAGUCCGUCCUGGACGAGUUCAAGGCGGCCCACCCGCGCAUGACCGUGUCCGACAUGCGCCGCUUCUGCGAGCAGCACAAGCGGCGGUCGGCGCGCGAGACGUGGAUCGCGAAGGGCUACCCGGACAUCGACUGGCAGCGGCUGGACGCGCGGAUCGCGGCGCACUACGGCGCCCUGCGGAGGAUCCUCGAGGGCGGCGCGCCGUCGCACUACGAUGCCCUGUUCCGCGACGCCAUCCGGUCGGGCCGCAACCGGACCCUCCUCCGGUCCGACGCGAACCUGACGCCCGGGUACUACGGCCUGCGCGGGCUGCGGGCCAUGACGGAGAACCUGAUCGGCGAGUUCUCGGCGCUGCUGCGCAGGCGGGCGGUGGAGGACCGGCUGGUGUCGGCCAGGGGAUACACCGCGUACCUGCAGGCCGUGCUGGUCCCCGAGCUGGCGGUGAGGCUGAUCAUGGAGGAUUUGGGCGUUGGGGAGAAAGAAGCGAGGAAGGUCUUGACGGAGAGCAGUAGUGUUGGGGAACUGCUAAACGACGAGAUUGCUGAUGUCGUUUUCUUAUCCUCGUGA